AAAAAAUAAACAGGGGGGCUAAUAAUUCUGACUUCAACUGUAUAUAUAAUCCAUCCUCAAAUGAACUCGUUAAUAUAACAUGAGAAUAUCUGUAUAUUUUUAAUAAUUUACAAUAAGGUUUCCUUCAUUGAAUGCAUUGACUAAUAUAAAAGAAUCAUGUUUACACAGCUGUGUUUUCAUAGCACAACUAAUGCUGACUCUUAAUUUAAAAAAGCUUAAAUGACUAAAAAGUAAUUGUUGAGUUUAUAACAGAUUAAUAAAUGCCACAGAGGCAUUAUUCACGAUUUCUUCAUUAAAUAAUGUUUAAACGAAUGAGAAUUAAUUGUAAAGUGUUAUAUAUAUAUGAGAAUUUACAUUCAAUAUGACUAUAUGCAAUUCGUCUGGAAUAUUUUAAAAUAAACUAAAAGGAUUUAAAGGGCACCUAUUAUGAAUAGCAUCUUUAGUAAGCUGUUUGGACAGAACUGAGUAUAGGUUUAGUGUGAUAUUAACACAACAAGUCUCUUUUUUUUAAUUUCCUAAUGUUAAAAUAGGAUCUAGAUCCCUCCCAUUUUGAGGCAGACCACAACGUGACAUAGGAGUGUGGUUUCCCCGCCCACGGAUUUGAUUGACAGCCUCAUAUUAACAUAGUAACGCGUAUAAUCAUAUCAACAAGACAGGACGUGCGCAAAGCAUUUGGGAUUAAAAGAUCUGUUCAGCUUUCUGUGAUCAUCAAUCAUUAUCAAAUGUGAUCAGGAAUGAGUUUCACAAGUUAAAAGCGUUUUAAUACAGUGCAUGUUUGUAAUGAAUUACAGCAAUUUUACCAUCUUUAUCACCACAGCCGCAUAGUGUCAGUACAAUUAUAAAAGAAGACGCUUCAAUCCUGGUUUGUGGACGUUAAAUUUUGUACAUUAACAUAAUAGAUAUGUACAGCAGUAGAUAUUAACCUGUAUCUUGUCACAUUUGCCAUGCAAAAACAGUUCAAAGUUAAACGCAUGAGCUGUGUGCUUAACAACAUUGUGUGUGAUUAUAAUUACAGAAAGGCUUGAAUUAACUCCACAACAAAUACAACAAAUAAUCAUUGGGAAAGUUCUUACCGUAGUUAUUCUAAGAAACAUUACGUGAGAUCUGCUUGUCACUGUGCUGUUUAUCACAGCCGGAGAUCGAGACACACUCUGAUAGGCACGUGGGAGCGGUGGGCGGGGAAAACCAGCAUUAAAGGCACAGGCAACAAAAACAGCUACGAGAUGUUCAGAGCUGAAAUUGCAAACUUCAGGAAGCUAUAAUGAAUAAUCUGAUUGGUGUUUUAAGCUGAAACUAUACAGACACAUUCUGGAGACACAUGAAACUUACCUUAAAUUUUAAAAAAGGGUGAAAUAGGUGCCCUUUAAAUUUAUUAAAUUGUCAAAUAAGCUCACUUUAGAUUUGUAUCACAUCUAUUUACCAGUGAGAGGUGCUCAAUAUAUAAUCCACUGAGGUUUGCUGCGUAAUCUUGAAACGAACAAAAUGUUAAUGUUUUAACAUGCUGGCUAAAUAUUUAUUUGUUCAAAUCUGCAUGAUUAACAAAGAAAUCCCUUUAAUAUGCCUACAUAUUGUCGCGUUAUAAGAAGAAAUGCAGCCCUGAAGGCCUUUAACACUGCGAUUUGCUACUAAUAUGAAAUGAAAAUACUCUAAUAUGUAAAUACAAAUAUCUAAUAUAUAGAGCAAGCCUAUAGAAAUGAAUCAUGUCCCCGUUAUACCUUUUUCCCCAACUAAAUGUUCAACAGAGACUCUUGUGCAAGAGAUGUUUAAAAGCCAUCCGAGCGGUCGUAACCCGUGCUGUGCUGCUGAUAGCAGUUUUUGGGUGAGACGUGCUCGAUUUAGAUAAACAGUGUUGUGAAUGUUUGUUCCUGAUUGAACCUGAAUAUUUACUCAGAGAUGAACGGAGAACUGUCAGGUGUUGAGGAUUUACAUCUGUCAGGAAAAUGCAGUUACAUGAGGCGCGUUCUCCUAAACCAGAGCUUGUUCCUGUUAAUGUUUACGACAGAUCUUGUGUCCUUUGUACUAUCUGCACACAGGCCAUGCACAUGUUUAGUGUCCUAUUGAAAAGGAAUAAAAUAACCACUGAAUUAUGGCCUGUCUCUUGUUGUCUGACUGGAGGUGUAAUAGGAGUGGACGGCUACACUGUAAUUCAGCGAAGCACUAAUGAAGUUAUGUUCUCAACUCGGUCUAAAUGAUGUCAUAACUCCACGACGGCAUACCUCACUUCACGUUCACUCGGCGUUGAGUGUGGCGUUUCAUCGCUAUCAGACAAAAACAGAGCGCAAAUAAACAAAGAUGGCUGACAAUCAGGAAAUGUCUCCCCUGGAGAAGAAGGUGGCGGAGCAGAUUGAGUAUUAUUUUGGUGACCAUAAUCUCCCAAGAGACAAGUUUCUGAAGGAGCAGCUGCAGUUAGACGACGGAUGGGUCCCUCUGGAGACCAUGCUAAAAUUUAAUAGACUCAAAAGUCUCACGUCAGAGGAAUCAGUCAUUGUCGAGUCGCUGCUGAAGUCUAAAACAGGCCUGCUGGAGAUCAGCGAAGACAAAACCAAAAUAAGACGAGAUCCGAACAAACCCCUUCCUGAGAACAACGAGGAAUACAGGGACGCGCUCAAACACAAAUCCAUCUACAUGAAAGGCUUUCCUCUUGAAACUACGCUGGAUGAUGUUAAAGAGUGGCUUGCUGAUAAAGGCACAUUUGAAAACAUCUACCUGAGGAAAGGACCCCAGAAAACCUUCAAAGGAUCAAUCUUUGCUGUUUUGGAAACUGAAGAAGCUGCCAAGGCUUUUGUCGAGCGUGACGACAUCAAAAAUUUCAAAGGAAACGAGAUGAUCGUCAUGAUGAAAGAUGCCUACUUUACUAAAAAGAUAGCUGAGAGGAAGCAGAACCGUGUGGAAUCUAAAGCUAAAGCCAAAUGUGACAAAGAGGAAAAGCAGAAACAGGCUGAAGAAGAAGAGAUGAAAUCCCUGAAUGAGCAGAGAGGCUGCCUGCUGAAGUUCUCUGGUGAAUUGGGUCAGACCUCAAGGGAGGAUUUUCACUCCGUCUUCUCUGAUCACGCUCAAAUCAAGUGGAUUGAUUUCACCAGAGGAGCUAAAGAGGGCACCAUCCUGUUCCACUCCAACGCUAAAGAGGCUCUCCAGAAAGUCCGAGAGGCUCUCAACGGGGAGGAUCCCAAGGUGAAGGAGCAGGCCGUUCAGUGGGAGAUUCUGGAGGGAGACGUGGAGAUGGAAACACUGAAGAAAAUCAUCGAGGAUCAGCAGGAGUCAAUAAACAAACGCAAAGGAGGCCGAGGAGGGUUCAGGGGUCGAGGAAGAGGACGAGGAGGCCGCAGAGACCGAGGAGGACGAGAACACACUCAGUUCAAGGGAAAGAAGACCAAGUUUGAUAGCGAUGAAGAGGGAGAUGAAGAAAGCGCCAGUACAAAGAAGAGACCUCUCGAGUCUAACAGACAAGAUAACGGAGAGCCGGUUUCCAAACAAGCCAAAAGCGAGAAUGGUUCUUAAUGGGGAAAGAGUUGUGGCCUUAUUUUUUUGUACAGUAGAUUUUCCCUGAAACCAACAGAAAUGCAUUCUCAGACUACUUGUGUGUCAAAGGCUAACCGCUGCACGAGAGCUCCACGCCACACUUUUCUCUAAAAAGGGCAUCAUGCAUCAUUCUUAUGGAUUUUCUUUUUGUUUUCAAACAUGCCGGAUGCCUGGAUGCUUAUUUAUUUGCCAUACACAAACACUUAGAGUUGCUGGUUUGAUUUAAGAUCUCCUCUACAGCUAGUAAUGUGUCAUUUUUAACAAUCUAUUCGGCUUAAACAGUCCGCUGGAAGCGCCUACAGAACUAUUGACAACUGUAAUCGAGUUAUUUCAUUCCUUGAGCACUCAGUUUGCAAACUCCUGUGUUUUCAGCACAAUAAAUGAGCUGAGUUAUGAUUUUGACAGCAUUUGUGAUACUGUAUUACUGUAGAUCUAUUUGAACCCUUCAGAAUAAUGUAUUGGGGUUGUCUGAAUUGUCAUUUCACUUUUUUCCAUUAAUGAAAAACUUUGUUUCUGCCGUCUAGAUUAUUCCAUUGGUUGUCACUUGCACAAACAGAAGUGUGUGUUAUAGCUGUUUCUUUUUAAAUGUGGUUGCAAAGGAGUUUUCUUUGAGUAAUUAGUGUUUUGACUGAAGAUUUUUUUUUUUAAUUGUACUUAAUCACAGCCACAGGAACGUGUCUCUUAAUCUAGAGUGCUGUUUUAGGCGUCAUGCUUCAUAUUUACCCCUGCAGGGCUUUGACAAGCACUCGUUGUUUUGUUUUGCUUUGUUUUUUACUGCCAUGUGUUGAUGAAUUAAACGCAUUUAGUAUUUCAAUAAAGGUCUUGAAAAUCCAAA